ACUUUACGGGCUUUUUAUUGGCCGGUUAUUUUUCUGUGUGUCCCAUACAGGCCCUCACCAUGAAGGGUUUCACAGCCACUCUCUUCCUCUGGACUCUGAUUUUUCCCAGCUACAGUGGAGGCAGCAGUGGGAAAGCUUGGCCCACACACAUGGUCUGCAGUGACAGCGGCUUGGAAGUGCUCUACCAGAGCUGCGAUCCAUUACAAGAUUUUGGCUUUUCUGUUGAAAAGUGUUCCAAGCAAUUAAAAUCAAAUAUCAACGUUAGAUUUGGAAUUAUUCUGAGAGAGGACAUCAAAGAGCUGUUUCUUGACCUAGCUCUCAUGUCUCAAGGCUCAUCUGUUUUGAAUUUCUCCUAUCCCAUCUGUGAGGCAGCUCUGCCCAAGUUUUCUUUCUGUGGAAGAAGGAAAGGAGAGCAGAUUUACUAUGCUGGGCCUGUCAAUAAUCCUGAAUUUACUAUUCCUCAGGGAGAAUACCAGGUUUUGCUGGAACUGUAUACUGAAAAACGGUCCACCGUGGCCUGCGCCAAUGCUACUAUCACGUGCUCCUGACCGUGGCCUUAGCAAAAAUCACAGCCAGCUUCAUCUCGUGGGACCUCCAAGCUCCUCUGACUGAACCUACUGUGGGAGGAGAAGCAGCCGAUGACAGAGAGAGGCUCUACAAAGAAGCCCCCCAAAGAGUGCAGCUGCUCAUUUUAGCCCCACGACCAGAUAUCCCCAGACUCCGCAGAUGUAAUCAAGUCCCUGAAUGUAUCUGUUUCUAAGGAGCCUCUUGGCAGUCCUUAGGCAGUCUUGAGGGUCCUUCCUUUUUCUCUAAUUGGUCGCCUCCCACCAGACUCACCUGCUUUUCAGCUUUUUAGGAGUGCUUCCUCGCAGUUACCACGAAUAAAGAAAGCUGGCCACCAU